AUUGUCACCUAAGCAUCAUGUUUUUACCACCACUCUUUCAAUUGAAAAGAAGCCAAGCACCUUCGUAGAAGCUGCUCAUAAUCCAAUGUGGCAAGAUGCUAUGCGAGAAGAACAUGACGCACUCAACGAAAACGGAACAUGGUCUCUUGUACCAUUACCACAUGGAAAAAGGCUAAUUGGAUGCAAAUGGGCAUACAAAAUCAAACUUCGUGCAGAUGAGACAGUUGAACGCUACAAGAUCAGAUUAAUGACAAAAGAGUAUAAUCAAAUUGAAGGUUUAGAUUACCAGGAAAUUUUGCCCCCGUAG